AAUGACACGGGCCGAUGGUGCCAUGUGUGUAAGCGUCCUUACUUUUUCUUUUCGCGGUCCACCUUAAGUGAUAAACAAAUGUCUUCAUUGCGACUUUGUCUGAGCCUUCUGGCCGCGUCUGCGCGCACGCUCGCGGAUGCAGUGCAGCUCAAUGCCGGAUCUUCGAAUGCGCGGCGCAACGGCUUCUGGACGCAGGCGCCCGGCGGGAGCGCCCCUCCGGCGCAUCAGCUCGGCCGUCCCAGGAUUUUCUUGCCGCACCAGAGUGCUAGCUUUAGUUCCUUGCAAUGUAGUAGCCAACACACACCGGUAACUUCGAUCCUCCCAAGCGGAUCUCCCGUCGAUUCUGCAGCGCCUUCGAUUCUGUCCAGCGCCCGGACGUUGGUAAGGGGGCGGGACGGCGACGGUGGUCGUCCUCCACCACUACAGCAUACGAUGACGACUGACUUCGAGCGGCAGCGGCAACUUGAUGUGAUUUCCGCAAACCGGAUAGCGGACUUUUCGCGAGAUACAUGCGAGCUGGCGUUCAAGCAAGUCGCAAAACACGCAGUGGUUAUCUCCAUUCAGGCCCUUCUGGAUUUGCUUUGCACCUCCACUGGCUUGUUGGAUGAACUUAGCAGGAUACACCAGGGCACGGUGGUCAAAGAACCGGAGGAGGAAAGCUCAGAGGAGUUUCCCAACCCCUGGUUGACGCGUUGUGUCGCGCACAUCACGCCCCACGUUCUGGUUUUCGUUAAUUUUGCCGUGGAUUGUUGCUACCCCAUGUACUUCUACCGUGCUCUUCGGUUCUUGCAGCGGCAAAGACGUGGAUACCACGCGCGUGAACCCGCGGACUUGUAUUGUUGCGAAAAUCAUGAAGAUCAUAGGGGUGCUCGUGCUGUGAUGCAAGAGCAAGACGCAGAAGCUCGGUCUUGGCAAGGUAGCAGCCACGCUGACGGCCUUCGUGCUACGGAUGAUAUGUCUGGAGCUGGUGGCUCCUCGGUCUUUUCAAGCAGUGUGGCAGCGGCUGAGGACAUGGACGUGGAUACUGGAGAGCAGCAAUUUAUGGAAGACGACCGCGGAGAACGACUUGCAGAGGAAAGCCGUACAGCUACACCCUCCACACCCAGUACUCGAGUUUCACUUGCAGGUAGCAGAACGGAGUGGAGUGCGAGCGUCUCGACUGUGUCUGCUGCUUGCAGCACUCUUCAAACAACAGAAUCAAACUCUAACGCAAACAGUCCUGCUUCCCCGCGUUCAUCACUUUAUCUUAUUAACGGGUCGACGUCCGCGGUCAUCUCGCCCCCAAUGCAGUCGGAAACUCCAAAUCGGCGUAGCGUGCGCACGGCGUGGAUCGGGGAGGGGACGAACAGGUCGUCGUUAUUUGCGAAUGUACUUGGAAAAUGCAAAACGUCGUGCCGACCUGAUUUAUGGUUCAGAACCUUAGCUGCAGAGCUUGCCAAAGAUAAACACCUGAUUCCAGAGCUCGCAAGCCUCGACGAAGCGCAAUUUCGGCGGUUCGUGGUCGUUUGUCGUGUCCGCGAAAUUUUUUGCUGCUUCUGCUGCAAAGAAGAGAAUACGCCGUCUUGCUGCGUCUUGUAGGAAGAAACGUGUGCUCAUGAUGCAAGCGAGGCGU